AUGAAAGCGGUUGUGCUUGCCCUGGCUCUGGCCUUUGUGGCCGCACAAAGUCCCAACGUUGCCCCUGAGUUUGCUGCCGGGAACACCUAUGUGUACAAGUAUGAAGCAUUCAUCCUGGGUGGACUCCCUGAGGAAGGCUUGGCAAGAGCUGGAUUCAAAAUCAACACCAAGGUUCUCCUCAGUGUCACAGCCAAGGAUACCUGCAUGCUGAAGCUUGUGGAACCUGAGCUCUAUGAGUACAGCGGUUAUUGGCCAAAGGAUCCAGCAGUGCCAGCAACCAAACUGAAGGCAGCUCUGGCACCUCAGCUCGUGAUUCCCAUCAAGUUUGAAUACACCAACGGCGUUGUGGGAAAAAUCUAUGCUCCUGAGGAAAUCUCAACUUUGGUGCUGAACAUGCACAGAGGCAUUCUGAAUAUGCUGCAGCUGAACAUYAARAAGACCCAUAAAGUCUAUGAUCUGCAGGAGGCCAGUACUCAGGGUGUGUGCAAGACACUCUACUCGAUCGGUGAAGAUGCACGAAUUGAAAACAUCCUUUUGACCAAGACCAGGGACAUGAACAACUGUCAAGAAAGGAUCAUGAAGGACAUUGGGUUGGCAUACACUGAGGAAUGUGACGAAUGCGAGGAAGAAUACAAAAGYCUGAGAGGUACCACAACAUUCAGUUACGUCUUGAAGCCAGUUGAGAGUGGUGUGAUGAUCCUGAAGGCAGAGGUUGAUGAGCUGAUCCAGUUUUCACCUUUCUCUGAGGAAAAUGGAGCUGCUCAGAUGAAGACCAAGCAGUCCUUGGAGUUCCUUGAGAUCGAGAAAGCCCCGAUUCAAGAAAUUAAGGCCGAGUACCAUCAUCGYGGAUCUCUCAAGUACGAGUUCUCCACUGARGUUCUCCAGACACCCCUUCAGCUCUUCAAGAUCACCAACCCUAAGACACAGAUCAUGGAAAUUCUGAACCACCUGGAUGACCAUGAUACGAAGUUGGUCCAUGAGCAUGCCCCUUUGAAGUUUUUGGAAUUGAUCCAACUUCUCCGUGUAGCUCACAGUGAGGACCUGGAAAUGUACUGGAAGCAGUUCAGAAAAAUGCCAGUUCACAGACGCUGGUUCUUGGAUGCCAUCCCCGCGACUGCAACUCCYGCUGCUCUAAAGUUCAUCAGAGAUAAAUUCGUGGCUGAGGAGAUUGAGGUUUCUGAGGCAGUUCAGGCUUUGGUUUCAGCCGUUCACAUGGUCUCAGCAGAUGAYGAGACUAUCAAGAUCUUUGAGACCCUGUUGGCCAACAACAAAGUAGAGGAAAACCCAGUUCUGCGUGAAAUUGUCUUCCUUGGCUACGGUACAAUGAUUUAUAAGAACUGCUCUGAGAUAUCCAACUGUCCUGCUGAAUACAUAAAGCCCAUCCAAGUGCGUCUUGCUGAAGCUAUUUCUAAGAAUGAGAUCGAGGACAUCGUCCUGCUCUUGAAGGUCUUGGGAAAUGCUGGACAUCCUGCUAGCUUCAAGUCAAUCACAAAGAUUAUGCCCAUUCAUGGUACCGCUGCUGCAUCACUGCCAAURAGAGUCCAUAGUGAAGCCAUCAUGGCCCUGAGGAACAUUGCAAAAGAAGAGCCCAGACUGGUUCAGGAAAUGGUCCUUCAGCUCUACAUGGACAAAGCUCUGCACCCAGAGCUCCGUAUGCUUUCUUGCAUUGUUCUGUUCGAGACAAACCCUUCCAUGGGAUUGGUGAUUACCGUUGCCAACUCAGUGAAAAGAGAGGAGAACCUGCAGGUUGCCAGCUUCACUGCCUCUCACAURAAAUCUCUAAGCAGGACCCCAGCCACCAGCCAUCCAUCAGUUUCUGCUGCUUGCAGUGUUGCCAUGAAAAUUUUGGGUUCAAAGCUGGAUAGACUGAGCUACCGUUUCAGCAGGGUUGUCCAUGCGGAAAUCUACAACAACUCCUUGAUGCUGGGUGCUGCUGCUACUGCAUUUUACAUCAACGAUGCCGCCUCUSUUAUGCCAAAAUCUGUUGUUGCCAAGGCCAGAGCCUUCAUUGCUGGAGCUACUGCUGAUGUGAUAGAGAUUGGAGUGAAAACUGAUGGACUUCAGGAGGCUAUUCUUAAAAACCCUGAACUGUCUGAAAAUGUUGACAGGAUCACCAAAAUGAAGCGUGUCAUCAAAGCUAUGUCUGAGUGGAGGUCUCUGCCCACCASAAAACCUCUGGUUUCCUUUAACAUCAAGUUAUUUGGACAAGAGAUUUGCUUUGCUGACAUUGACAAAACCAUGAUCGAUCAGGCUAUUAAGUAUGCCAAARCAUUACCUAUUCAGGAAUAUGGAAGAGAUGUUCUCAAGMCUCUGCUUCUGUCUGGUAUUGAUAUCCAAUAUGCUAAACCUUGGUUGGCURCUGAARUGAGACGCAUCUUCCCCACUGCUGCUGGUCUGCCAAUGGAGCUCAGUCUAUACAGUGCUGCUGUGGCUGGAGCUGAUAUUAAGAUCAAGUCCACCACAUCACCACGUCUGCCUGAAGACUUCCCCCUCCGCAAGCUUUUGGAAACUGAUAUUGAGCUAGAGGCUGAGAUCAAACCAAGUGUUGCUAUGAACACAUAUGCCAUCAUGGGGAUUAACACCGCCAUUCUGCAGGCUGCUGUGGUWUCAAGAGUUAAACUCCACUCCGUUGUCCCAACCAAGUUUGCUGCAAGACUCAAUAUCAAAGAGGGCGACUUUAAGAUUGAAGCACUUCCUGUACAUGUGCCUGAAAACAUUACAUCUGUGAAUGUUACAACUUUUGCUGUGGCAAGAAAUAUUGAGGAGCCCACUGUUGAGAGACUCACUCCAAUCCUCCCUACUAAAGUCUGGCGUUCCACCGCAAGAGAGAUCGUCUCAUCUACCAUGGAUUCAUUGGCUGAUGAUAGCAUGACCGAAUCCUCCGAGGUCCAUCUGCUGGAUGAUGAAGUCGACGACCCUAUUUACGAACACAAGAUUCGUUCAUUUGCAAAGAGGUACUGUGCCAAGUACAAGAGUGUUGGACUGAAGGCGUGCCUCAAGGUUGCCACUAAAACUGGAGAGUCCAUCGAGGACAUUGUCCUGUACAAACUGGCUGGAAGCCACAAUUUCUCUUUCUCUGUAUUACCAAUUGAAGAAGAAGCUGUUGAGAGACUGGAGAUGGAGGUUAGGUUUGGACCAAAGGCUGCAGAGAAGCUCAUUAAACGGAUCAAUCUGGAUGAAGAUGAUGAAGAGGAAGUAGAACCAGUCCUGAUGAAGCUCAACAAAAUCCUGUAUACCAGACGUGACAACUCAUCUUCCUCAUCCUCCUCAUCCUCCAGCAGCAGCAGCAGCAGUAGCAGCAGUAGCAGCAGCAGCAGCAGCAGCAGCAGCAGCAGCAGCAGCAGCAAGGAAAGUAGCAGUAGCAGCAGCAGCAGCAGCAACAAACUCAGCUCUUCAACAUCUGUCAGCAGCUCAUCCAGGACCAGCUCUGCAUCAAGCCUUGCGUCACUCUUCAGCGCUAGCUCAAGUUCUUCAAGUUCUUCUCGCUCUAGUGCUUAUGUCUCAUGGCAUGUGAAUGAAACUUUCAACAAGUUCCACGAUAAGGAUUCCGAAAGCAGGGACAGCGAAGCCAGCUUUGAGGAAAUCUAUGAAAAGAACAAAUCCCUUGAUGAUGAGGAYGCCAUCUUGGCUGUCAUCUUCCGCACUGUUAAAGYCGAUAAGAGCAUGGAGGGAUACCAACUUGCUGUCUACCUCGACAAACCAACCUACAGGGUUCAAAUCAUUUUGGUGCCUCUUGCUCCCGAGAACAACUGGAGGUUGUGCGCCGAUGGUGUUCUUUUGAGCAAGCACAAAGUUACAGCUAAACUUGCCUGGGGACCUAAAUGCAAGAAGUACAGCACAAUGGUUACUGGAGAAACUGGCCUUCUUGGUUCAAGCCUUGCAGCUCGCCUUAGACUGUCCUGGGAAAGACUUCCAUCUGCUCUCAGACGCUAUGGAAAGAAGGUACAUGAAUACGUUCCUGUUAAAUUCCUUGAUGACAUGAUUAAAGUAAAGAGUGAGAACAGCACCAGGAACGUCUCCUUCAUUGUGGCUGCAACAUCCAACAGGACCAUUGAUUUCAUUACAAAGACACCGAUGAACACUACCUACAACAUGACCCUGCAUCUUCCUUUAACUGUGCCACUCGAGGAGCUCAACAGUUCAAUCCCCUUUGAUGAAAUCAUUGACAAAAUCCACUUCAUGGUCGCCAAGUCUGUUGCAGUUGAAUGUAGCUACAUCAACGAUAAACUGAUCACCUUCAACAACAGGACCUACACACACAAGAUGCCCUCAUCUUGCUACCAGAUUUUGGCUCAGGACUGCACAGAGGAGCUGAAAUUCAUGGUUCUCCUGAGGAAGGAUUCAAUGGAACAACACCACAUAAAUGUCAAAAUUGCUGACAUUGAUAUUGACAUGUAUACAAAGGAYGACRAUGUCACUGUGAAGGUCAACGAAAUGGAAAUCCCCUUAACCAACCUGCCAUACCGUCACCCGACAGACUCCRUUGAGAUCAGGCGAAGUGGAGAGGGUCUUGUUGUAUAUGCACCUAGCCAUGGACUCCAAGAAGUCUACUAUGAUGAGGACACAUGGAAGAUUCGAGUUGUGGACUGGAUGAGAGGCAAGACCUGCGGACUGUGUGGAAAGGCUGAUGGGGAAGUCAGACAGGAGUAUCGCACCCCUAACGGACGYGUGGCCAAGAACUCAAUUAGCUUUGCUCAAUCCUGGAUUCUGCCAUCUGAGAGCUGCAGAGAUCCCUCUGAGUGCCACCUGAAGCUUGAGUCUGUGCCCCUGGAGAAAAAAAUUAAAUUCCACGGUCAGGAUGCUAAAUGCUACUCUGUUGAGCCCGUGCCACGCUGUCUGCCCGGCUGCAUGCCCACCAAAACCACCACUGUCACCGUUGGUUUCAACUGUCAGUCAGUUGAUUCUGACACCAACAUCUUUGACAGAAGCGUAGACCUGAGAGAAACCACACAGGCUCACCUGGCCUGUAGCUGCAACGCCAAGUGCUCUUAAAACCACCAUCUACUGUCAAUACCUAAUAUCAUCUGUGUGUGUUUUAUCUGUAACUAUAAAUAAAAUGCAUCUCAAAAUCA